UCUAAUCUAACAGAUCGGUUUUCUCCAGAUUCUAGAAACUUUUUUUCAAUUGUGACCGAGAAAUUGUUCCCUGACACCCAAAAGACAGCAGUCACUACGAAGAACAUUAGAACCGAUGGUCUGAAUCAGCCCUCUGAUCCUUCGGAACUCGUAGCAAUCAAAAACGAUGGUGUAGAUACUGGAAUGCCUCGACUUGGCCAAUUUUCCAAGCUACGUGUCAAUAUUAAGGAGAGCACCGAGCUCAAGAAUACGGUAGAUCGUCUCAUCAAACAUGGUAAAUGGGCUCUUCUCGUAGGAACCUCCUCAUGGAAAGAACAAUUCGUUGAUGCUAUAACCGUCAACGCAGCUGAGGACUUAGAGGAGAUAGCCGAGGGUGAAGUGAAGAUGCCCUCUUGCAAGGACUACGUUAUGCAUUUUCUCACUGUCUUCUGGAAAGUUCUAUUUGCUUUCGUGCCUCCAACUGGUCCCUUUUAA